AUGAAACGCGCCCAUGCUGCCCCGAAGAAGGCGGCGCACAAGGCGCACAAACGCCAGAAGGUCGACGACUUUCCUAAACCUCUACCUACCAAGACAAAACGCAGAGUGCAGCUCAACGAGCUAGGAUGGAAGGCUGUUUCCAUGCCCGAUCGCUUAGAGGAUACCGAAGGCUUCUACGGACUCGAAGAAAUCGACGAUGUUGAAAUUGUAAAGGAUCCUGUUACCGGCGCCUUCCAUUUCGAAACUACAAAGACAGAAGACGAAGUUGCGCGUGAUGUUGAGGAGGCGUGGCAGCGCGAGGAAGACGAGGCUCGGCGUCUUGAGAAGAUGACUUUUGGGGAGGGCCAGGAAGCCGAGAAAGAUGAGGACAAGGAGUCUGAAGAAGACGAGGGCAAGGAGCCCGAGGUACAGGGAGAAGAUGAGGAGUUGGAAUGGGAAGGCUUUAGCGAUGAAGAAGUCGAGACCGAAGCACCGACGCUUGCGACGAACGGAGAGUCCGAGACAAAGAAGGAGACCAAGAAGGAAAAAAACAAGAGACUCCAGGAGGAGAAGUUGAAGAAGCAGGAGGAGAAAAAGACAAAUGGGCAAACAGCCAAGUCAAAUAGACAAGACAAAGCGGACGACGAAGAAGAAGAGGAUAAUGAUGACGACGGCCAAUUCGAUGCAGAAGGUGUCGAUGACGGCGAGACUUUUGGUCCUGGCGCCUUCGAUAUACUUGCAAAUCAGCCAAUGGAUGACAGUGAUGAGGAAGAUGUAUCUGCUUGGGCAAAGUUGGACCUGUCCGAGGAAAUGCUCGGGGCGUUGGCGAAGCUCAAGUUUGCUAAGCCCACCGACAUUCAAGCCUCGACUAUACCUGAGAUCAUAGCUGGUAGAGACGUCAUUGGAAAGGCUUCAACCGGUUCAGGAAAGACGCUUGCCUUUGGUAUUCCCAUCAUAGAGUCGUAUCUCGCCGGUCGUGCAGCAUCAAAAGACACCGAAGACAAGGUUCCGCUCGCCCUGAUCAUCGCACCGACUCGAGAACUUGCUCAUCAGAUCAACGAACAUCUAGUUAAGCUCUGUACAAAGGGUGACUUUGAUGCUCCGUACAUUGCAUCCAUCACGGGUGGUUUGUCCGUACAGAAGCAGCGUAGGCAACUGGAAAAGGCAGACAUAGUCGUGGGAACCCCGGGACGGCUAUGGGAGGUCAUCAGCAGUGGCCAAGGCUUGCUCGCAAAGUUCAAGCAAAUCAAGUUCUUGGUUGUCGAUGAAGCCGAUCGUCUGUUAAGCCAGGGCCACUUUAAGGAAAUGGACGAUAUCCUCAAGGUACUCGAGCCUGAUGAUGAAGUAGAUGAGAACGCCGAGCCAGUGGAAACACCAGAAGCCAACCGUCAGACACUUGUCUUCUCAGCAACUUUUGGGAAAGACCUUCAAAGAAAACUCGCCGGCAAGGCUAAAUUUGGUGGUGACCAGAUGAACCAACAACAGUCCAUGGAGUAUCUAUUGAAGAAACUUCGGUUCCGUGAAGAGAAGCCCAAGUUCAUCGACACCAAUCCGACCUCACAAAUGGCCAGCAAGCUUCAGGAAGGCCUUAUCGAAUGCGCUGGCCCUGAGAAAGAUUUGUAUCUAUACUCACUCCUCAUGUUCUACACCAAGAAGCGGGCCCUAGUCUUCACAAACUCCAUCUCAGCUGUCCGACGCAUAACACCAUUCCUAACUAACCUCAACCUUCCCGCUCUCCCAUUACACUCCAACAUGCCACAAAAAGCCCGUCUACGCUCAAUCGAACGCUUCAAAGAGCGACCAGGCUCCAUCUUAGUCGCCACCGACGUCGCCGCCCGCGGUCUCGACAUCCCCAAAGUCGAACUGGUAAUCCACUACCACCUCCCCCGUGCCGCCGACACCUACGUGCACCGCUCUGGCCGCACCGCGCGCGCCAACGCUUCAGGUGCCAGCAUUCUCAUCUGCGCACCCGAAGAAGUCGCUGGCGUCCGUCGUCUCAUCGCCAAAGUACAUGCUCGUGCUGCCUCGGCGCCCAAGACCAAAAACACAUCCUUCUUCAUCCGCACCCUCGACAUCGACCGCCGCAUCGUAUCCCGCCUCAAACCCCGCGCCACAAUCUCCAAACGUCUCGCCGACACCGUCAUCGCUAAAGAAAAGAAAAACAGCGGCGACGACGUCCUCCGCCAGGCCGCCGAGGACCUCGGCGUCGAUUACGACAGCGAGGAGUUUGAUAAGGAAGCGAAAGGGAAACGGGGUCGUGGUGCCGGUCGCAAGAAGAAGGAGAGAGAAGCGAGUCAGAUGACCAAAGCCGAGAUGCAGGCGCUACGUGCCGAGUUGAAGGCGUUGUUGAGUCAGAGGAUUAAUACGGGGGUUAGUGCGAGGUAUCUUACUAGUGGCGGGAUUGAUGUUGAUGCGCUUAUGGCUGGAGAGGGCAAUUUGGAGUUUUUGGGGCACGUGGAUGGGCUGGGGUUUGAUGAUGAGGUUGAUGAGGAACAAUAG